GGGGCAACUGGGUGCUUGGGAAUGGGCCUCUCUACAUCGCCGGGUAGCGCGCGCGGUGCCGCGGGGAGACCCAGAAUAUAUAGUGAACAGUCUUCUGGCUUUCAGACAACUUCUUAAAACCUGUUCAGAAACAGGAUGUAAACACUUCUGAUCCUGUUUGUCCAUAGGUUACAGGUAAAGAGUAAGACAAUGGCAGGCAACAACCAGCUUUGCAUCCGACGUUGGACUACUAAGAACGUAGCCAAAUGGCUAAAGGAAGAAGGCUUCUGCGAGUAUGUGGACAUUUUGUGCAAUAGACACAGGCUGGAUGGAAUUACAUUAUUGACACUGACUGAAUUUGAUUUGCGAUCUCCUCCUUUGGAAAUCAAAGUCCUGGGGGAUAUCAAAAGACUAAUGUUGUCGAUACGCAAAUUGCAGAAACAGCAUAUUGAGGUUUUAGAAGAGUUGGGUUACAACAGCGAUAGUCCCAUUGGCACAAUGUCUUCUACUGUUGGCUCCCUUCAAGGUACGGAUUGGUUUUGUAAUGGUGAAGUACCACGGGACUGUGGACCAGUCACUGACCUGAAUGCCGAUCAGUAUCAAUACGCAAAUGGGAAAAACAAACAUCCUAUGCGAAGACUGGACCCUGAGUACUGGAAAACAGUCUUAAGUUGUAUAUAUGUUUUCAUAGUGUUUGGCUUUACAUCUUUUGUCAUGGUUAUAGUACAUGAGCGCGUACCUGACAUGCAGACAUAUCCACCGCUACCAGACAUAUUUCUAGACAGUGUUCCUAGGAUACCGUGGGCCUUUGCCAUGACUGAAGUGUGUGGUGUGAUUCUCUGCUACAUUUGGCUUCUGGUUCUCCUCCUUCACAGACACAGGUCUAUACUCUUACGCAGAUUGUGUAGCUUAAUGGGGACAGUGUUCUUGUUGCGUUGCUUUACAAUGUUUGUUACCUCACUCUCUGUGCCAGGCCAGCAUCUGCAGUGUUCCGGAAAGUUGUAUGGCAAUGUGUGGGCAAAACUUCAGCGAGCAUUUGCAAUAUGGAGUGGUUUUGGAAUGACACUCACUGGAGUACAUACAUGUGGAGACUACAUGUUCAGUGGCCAUACUGUUGUACUGACUAUGCUGAACUUCUUUGUCACUGAAUAUACACCAAGAAGCUGGAACUUCUUGCAUACUUUAUCCUGGGUCCUGAAUCUCUUUGGAAUCUUCUUCAUUUUGGCUGCACAUGAACAUUACUCUAUAGAUGUCUUCAUUGCCUUCUACAUCACCACAAGACUCUUUUUGUACUACCACACAUUGGCUAAUACCAGAGCAUAUCAGCAGAGUAGGAGAGCAAGAAUCUGGUUCCCCAUGUUUUCUUUUUUUGAAUGCAAUGUUAAUGGUACAGUUCCUAAUGAGUAUUGCUGGCCCUUUUCAAAACCUACAAUAAUGAGAAAGUUAAUUGGAUGAAGAGUACCUAGUUUAAUCUAAGUUAGUAUGAAGUAUUUGUGUAACAAAUCUCUACAGAAUUAGCUGGAAAAAGAAGGUAACUGUUUCCAUCCCCGGGGUCUCUUCAUGCCCCGCUUCUUAGAUUCUCAGUCACAAAGUUGGGAUUUCCAUACUUCACAAGGUGGUAGUAGUAGAAUCUAACGCUAGGAGGAUAGGUAGAGGCUGCCCAUAGAUCAUUAUGAAUCUGAAAUAGAGAAGUCAUCAUUACCAUUGGCAUGAUUCUACAAAAAUGCUUUAGGGUAGAGAAUAACUUACACUUUUAAUGUAUGCUUUACCAGACUUGCUGUUUUGAGAUCCAGAUGAUCUCUGGUAACUUGAAUAUUUGCCUGUACAAAUAAUACUAAGUACUAAUUUGUUAGCCACUGACUUUUCUUUUAAAAAUAAUAUUAAAUAUAACUUUUUCUGUUGAGGCGUGUACACUUACAAAAUGAGAUUCUGAAGAGUAGCUUGUCACAAUAAGGAAAGUAGUAUAGCUCUUUACUAAAUGGUUUCCCAGAAAUCUUAAAUAAGAAUUCUGAAAAAGGUAUAAUGGACAAUAUGUGUUGUGUAUAUACAGAAGGCCAAAGAUGAAACCGCCUGCUUUUUUGAUUUGGGGGUUGUCGACUAUUAAGAUCAUGUUUGAACAGGGCUUAUUUGGUCAGAGUAAACGGUUUAUGCCAUUGUCCUACUGCUUAGACAGUUUCUUGUUGGUUUAGAAAGGAAAGCUACAUCUGGUGAAAAUGAAGAUGAGGUAGCUUAAGUGCUUUAGAGUCACAUAGUUACUCUCUCUUCUGUAUGGUUUAUCAAAUACGUCACCUAAACCUAUGCAUGCUUUUUAUGAGCAACUCUUUAAUCACUAGAAGAAUAGAACAGUUAAAUUUAUCUUGAAGUAACAUAAUGCCUCGUAAAUAGAUGGGGAAAUGCAUGUAGUGAUUUCCCCCCCAACUCCCUUCAGGAAAAGUUUUAAAAGCAAGUUUCAAAAAUAGUGUUAAUGUUGAUCUUUUUUAUUUAUUUUGUUUUGUCCCAAUCCAUCUGGUAUCAGCAAAUGUUGAACAUAUUUGAAUGCGUAAGGGUUUUUUGAUGAACUGUAUAUACAGUAAAAUGCUUUAUACUUAGUCUUAGAAAUUAUGAAAAUAGACUGGUGGUUAGAAAUAAGCUGCUUGUUUAUGACACUAGUAGUUACAGUAUCUUAAGCGGUUUAACUUCUGUCACUUUUUUUGAGAGCCUGAUUUUGCUUGUGGAAGACUAGUGGUUAAAACUGGAGCCUGAAGUAGUGCAUGCAAGCAGGGCCCAUACUUGUUAGUGAUCUUACAAACUGUUAUCCAUGUAUUUUUUGUGUGCAAGAAGGUAGCUUUAACUGUAGUUACUCGGAUUUAAUGGGGAAUAGUAGUUUAAUUUGAGUUGCAAAUUGCAACAAAUACAUAAAUGUUGGUUGUUAUCACGUUAAUUCGCUAUCCCAUAAUUUCAGAAUAGCUAAUGUGUGAAAAGAGGUAGUGCAAUGUCAGCCUCAAAAAAUUUCCAUGACAGUUUGCCAUCCCGAUACAAACUGUUCACUCCCACUUUACAGUGACUAUAGGAAAACUGAAAUACAUGCAGUACUUGCCUGUCAACAACAAUUUUACCCCGUCAAGUAGAAUUUUGCAAGACUUAAUUAGGUAUUUGAAGCUCAGUCUAGUAUGGUCUCCCAACUCUACAUUUAUUGGCCUUAACAAAGAUACUUUAAACUUGGAAUUAGAAACAGUAAUUAAGGAGAGAAUAUAUUACCCACUCUUCAGAAUGUUUGUUUUAAAAGUUUGAAGUUUAUUUAGUUCCUGUUCCUGGGACGAAUUCUAUAUCCCAGAGCAUCUGUACCAAAUGCAAGAGCACACCUAGUGUAAGUUGCAUUGCUCUGCAGACUUUGAUAUCUGUAACAUUCCUGUUCUUUAACAAACCUGCUGCUAAUAGUAAAGCAUCCAAACCUGCUGAGUGCUUCCAGCACCUAAACUAAGGAAAUGCACUGACACUUUGCAAAACAGAAUCUUUAAUCUCCAAGGAUUUAUGUUUUUAUGAUAAAUGUUUGUUUGCUACCCCGGUCUUCCUGAUAGGAACAGGCAGUCUGAACAUUCCUCUCUGGUACUCUGGAAUAAAAUGUUCCCAGUUAUGGGGACACACUUGCUUCUGCAGUGCCCAGUAAUUAAUUGGGCCAUUGUUUAACAGUGUUGUUUCUUUACACAUUUUGGACAUGCAUUAAAGUGUUAAAGAUUUAUAUUCUCUGAGGUUUUUGAUACUUUAGGGAAAACAGGAAUAAAAAAUGCAGCUAAAUUUGCAAAGCUGUUGACUGACUGUAACUCCAGACUGCUGACCAGCUUAGCUGGGUCUCAAUUGUAGAAUUUUUUCAGUCUUUUAUUUACUCGUGUCUAGUAAAGCAAAAAGUUCUAUAACUUAUCACAAAAGUGUUUACAUAACCUAAAAUGACAUCUCAAGAUUUUAGGUGUAAUACUUAAAGUUCAAAUCUUUGUUUU